CAGGACUUACUUCGGAAUAACCCCGGAUAGGAAAGAUUGUCUACUUGCCACCUUUGGGGCGAUGGAACUUUUUGACCGUCUGUUGCAAGCUUGUCAAAACUCAUGCCCUAAAGCAGUGCUGGACUAUAAGGUCUGUUGCCCCCCUGGGCCCUGGUCAAGAAACAUGGGUGGCAGCUACAGUCCAGCAUUCCUGGAGGGCAGUUAAGUCUCCUUAUGAUACCUUAACCUUUGCUCAGAGAGAGGAGGUUUUGCUUAGAUCAGUGCAAGUUUCUUCUGGAUGGGUGCUGUUUGGUUGCUCCGAGCCUGGGGUGUCUUUGGAUUCUGAGAACAUCUCAUGGAGGACGUUGCUCUGCCUGGCUUUCUGGGACUUAAGACCAGUAGUGGGAUUCAGAUAGGUGAACAACCGGUUCUCAGUGUGGAUGCCACUUCCAGAAGUCCAUUCUGGGUCUGGGUAACAAAAAAUUAGCUACCGGUUCUGCCGAAGUGGUGCGAACCGGCUGAAUCCCACCACUGCUUAAAACUAUCAGCCUGCUUCACACAUUAUCUAUUCUAAGCCAUUGUGUGAUUUAGGCUUAGCUUGUUUGUGUACUGCCAGCCUCAAUAGCUUUUGGAAGUCUCUCUGGAAGCCCUCUGGGCUUCUCAACUGUGGGAAGAAAACGUUCCUUUUCUUGCCUUCCUCACUUGGUAACCUUUUGAUGUGGGGGGAAAGUGUGGGUUGACAACUAUUCCACCCUUUAUUGGCUGGACAUUCUGGCAGCUGUAAUCCAACACAUACUGGGAAGGUUUGGAGAAAGUUGGUUAAGCUGGAAACACCUAAGAAAAACAAACUACAACUAGGAAAAUUUCAGUGGCUUUUUAAUGCAGCUUGGAUCCCAAAGCAUGGAUAUAUUAAAAUCAGUGGGGAAGGGGGAGGUACUCUUAAGUUUGUGCAUGAAUUGCUUCUAAGGAAAAUCCAAGCACAUACCCCCUCCUUUCCACCAUGUAGAGUUAUGUAACUGGGUGGUGCUCUUCAGAGCUAGUCUGGUUGUUUUGAAAAAGGUGCUACUGUCUUAGUGGUGGAUGUUUUUAUUAAUCGAAUGACACUUAAAUCUGCCUGUUGCCAUAUGAACUUGGGUGGCUGUCGAGAUUAUGAAAGGAGAACAAGAAAGCUGCAGCUGAUGCUUCUCCUUCUUCACCUUCUGCUAAUACUACUACUACUAAUAAAUAGUAAUAUACCUCGAACACCUUCAAAGAACAGCACUUGCCUAUCCCAGGUGCUUGGGAAGGACUCUGUAGGUCUGUCACUUUCCUGUCAUGGCAACGAUUGUAUCCGAAAAACUCAGCCACCUCUUCAUCAACCUCCAGCACUUGUGCAAAAUCCCUCGGAUUCUGGCCGAGGCCUUGCCUGCUCCGUCCUGCACAGUGGCAGCCUCCGACGUGCCCCAGCUUUUCCGGAAGCCUUACAUCCAGGCCGGCUACCGACCCCUCCACCGGAGCUGGACCUUCUACUUCCUCUCCCUCUUCCAGCAGCAUAAUGAAGCCCUCAACGUCUGGACGCAUCUGCUGGCAGCUUUCAUGCUGCUGGGGCGGUUCUGGCAACUCUCCCAGAUGGUCGAUUUUGUGGGUGACCCGCACGCCCAGCCUUUCUGCAUCGUGGCUGUGUCUUCCAUCAUCUACUCCACCUUCAGCACCUUGGCUCAUCUCUUGCAAGCCAAAUCUGAGUUCUGCCACUACGCGUUCUUCUUCCUGGAUUAUGUAGGGGUGGCUACCUACCAGUACGGUAGCGCUUUGGUGCAUUAUUACUACGCCAUUGAGCCUGAAUGGCACGCCUGGAUCUCCAGUUUCUACAUUCCAGGUGCGGUGGGGCUGGCUUGGUUGUCAUGUGUUGGUUCCUGCUACGCCAAAUACCGAUGCCCACACCUCUCCCCUCUGCAGGGGAGGCUCUACCAGGAAAUGCCCUCUGCAGUAGCCUAUGCUUUAGACAUUAGCCCUGUGCUCCAUCGUAUCUAUACCUCCACCAUCUCUGGGCAAAGCGACUUGGCUGCUACCUACCAUAAGUGCCACAUUUUGUGCUUCCUGGUUGCAGCCUUUUUUUUCGCCUACCCCUACCCCGAGAAGUGGUUUCCCGGGAAGUGUCACUUUGUUGGACAAGGCCACCAGCUCUUCCACAUGAUCCUCAUACUAUGUACCUUCAUCCAGUUAGAGGCAGUGCUUCUUGAUUACCGGACUAGGAGGCCCAUUUAUUCCGAGCUGCAUGGCGACCUGGCUCCUUUUUUUUCCAUUAUGUGCCUUGUGCUGAUGGUUUGCUGUGGCCUCACAGCCCUCUACAUGACCGUCAAAGUAAAACACAAAGUCUGGCCGAAGCGGGACUGAGUAAGAGGAUGCUGGCUUCUGGGGACUUAACCCAAAGCUUCUUCUUUAGGUACACUUGCUCAGUUUCAACUGGGAAUGUCAGUCCUGCUGUCAUUUAGGAAACUGAAUAGGAUAGGUAGCUAUUGCUGGGGUCUUCGUCUCCUCCUGCACUGGAGACCUUGCUUGCGGGUUGCUCUGUCCAGGCAACUGAGAUGAUAAGCUGGAGGUUGCAUCAGAAAGGAAGUGACCAAACUCUUUGGUGGAAAGGAAUUCCGUGUUUUGCUUCCUGGGGGAUGGUACUGUAACUCUGCUGGCUCUGAUUCAAAGGAGAACCCGUUGUUGGUAUGACUCUCAGAAGCUAUGUCUUGCAUCCUUCUGAAUCAGAGCUGGUGGCCUUCGAGCUUUGAGGAAUCCAUUUGAUUAUUAUAAGUGUUUCUAGAUCCAUAAAUGGGACCCUGGGCCAGAGGCAUCUGAUUAGGAUCCUGAGGCCAGGAACUGGUUCUGAAUAUCAGAACUAGAAGAAGCAGCCCAACAUUCAUCCUGGGGUUCUCUAAACUUCCUUCAUUUCAGCAGCGCUUGAGAGAUGAUGGGUGGGAUGGUUAUUUUCACUGCUGCUGUUAAAAGAGGUGCCAGCCUACUGGCCAUGAACCACACCGAGAGCUGCUAAAUACUUGCAAAUGUCUUUUGGUCUCUCCCGUUUUUUAAGUAGCGGAAGAGCUUCAGGAAGCAGGAUUAGAGAUUCCACUUAACCAGCACUUCCUCAGGAGGAGAGGACUUCCUAGCCUCCAUAUUUUGAUUAAAAUAGCUCUUGCUUUGGGUUGCACUGAUUUUGUCCAGCACCUUUGCACUAUGCAGUCCUAGCCCCACAAUUCUGCGCCCUACUUCAGGGCACUCCUGCAGCAGUGGUGCCUUCACGGAUUGCCUUCUGCAGUAUCCAGACAAAAGCAUCCUUCCUUGUUUUGGGAAAGCAUCUAGUACUUCCGCUUGCCUACCGUGAGCCGGGCCUUGGGAAACCUGCCAGGUGGAUGUGCCUUCAGAAGACCACCUGUCUAUCCAAAACUUUGUGUGUGGGGUGAUAUUACUUGUGAUAUUUUUAGUGCUGUGGUAAGGUUGUUUGGAGAGGAGAACUGCGAGUCAAAGUGAGGUUUGAGAAGGGGGAAGAGAUGGGUUUUGGUGGCGACUAUUUUCAGAAGGAAAUCCAUGCAACUAUAAUGGGUUGAGCUAACAGAUAUUAAAGCAGUGCUCCAGAGCCCUUCCCCCCCCCCACAAUGAUCUCUGGGUCCCUUCUAUCAAAUGUAAUUAUCUGCUCAUCUACUACCCUCGAGAUCUAUUCACCUCUAGUUUUUUUACACAGCAGUGAGGCUUCAUUGUCAGCUAUAAUCUGCCCUUUUUGAAUGGCAAUGCCAAGGGUUGAGACCUGCCCUUCUCCCAUGGCGAACAUUUGUGACACCAACAAGCUGUAGUCCCUGCAUUUGAAGACCUUUGAGAUCCCUACGAUUUUCAACCAGAUUGCACUCUGUGUAUACUAGGCAUCAUUUUAUUGGGUCUCUCUUCCAUGAGUAUAUGUUCAACCUUCUUUUAAAAGCCCAUCUGUGUUUGUGACUGUCACGGUAUCAUAUGCCAAAGAAAACCAUGCCUUUCUGAUGAUAUGUUCUUCCUCAUCUUUUGGACCAUUCCAAAUUCCAGUGCAUGCUUACCGGGUAAGUAAGUAAAUAAACUUAACACGAGUGUCACUCUGUUCACAGCUUAAGAGCAAUGAGAUUGCAUCUUCCAUUUACCAAACACAUGUCCUGUUUUUCCCCCAGGAGAGUCGAAAUUAAAAUCCCUAAACAGAGUCAGUCGAGAAAUACUUGGGGACACUUCAUAAUGGGUUGGCUCUGGAUGUUCUGUUUAUUUCAGUUGCAAUCCUGCACAUACUGAUGGGGACUCAGCCGUGCUAAAUUCCCUGGGGCCUACUUCUGUGUAAACAAGCAUGGGAGCGCAUGACUGGCUUCCCCUGAAUGCAGUGGGAUUUAGCUUUGUCCCAACUCAGUUUUACCCUGUUUCUGGUUGGUUGAGAUCCAAACACCAAUUAGUUAUAUUAGCCUUCCCCAGUUGGGAAUGAUUGACGCUGAAGUCCAACACAUGUGGGAAUACUAGCCAAGUGAUAUGUGCAGGCUGAGACACAGUGCUGACCACAUUUGCAACAUCAGGAUCCAUCACGGGUUUUUUAAAUGGAAUAAUUUGAUGUGGUUCGACCUUUGCAAAAGGCUAAUAUGGUUCAAUAUUUAGAAGUGGUCAUUGCUUUGUUUCUUGCCAGCCUUCACUGCCUGCUUUGUGUCCAAAACUGAGAGUGCAGAUUGCCAGAAUGGGGGGGGGUAUCUUCCCACCCCAUAAUCUAUGAUUAAAAGUAAGUUUAAGAUAAGGUAAAAAAAAUCAGUUUUACAAAUCCUAAAGAGAAGAAUCAAAUAUCUGGGUCAUACCCAUCUGUCAAAUACCUGAUCCACCCCUUCCCCCGUAUUUUAGGUUUAUCUGUCUUCCAAAAAAUGAGCCACCUCUGUUGGAGAUACAUUAAGCCAGUUGACAAAUUGGUUUAACUUGGGUUGACAUCAGCAAUAAGGGGCUUCGUGCUGUCUUCCCUGAGUGACACGAUCAUGGAAAAGCAUGAGUUUCAAUCUCCUUGUGAAUUCGGGCUUUGGGGAAAAAUCAACUGGAAAAUGGAAUGGCCCAUGGCAGGAAAGAGGGGGAGCCCAAAAAGCUGUUGCUGUCCCUUCAGUUUUUCCCAGGCUAUAAGUCUUCUCUUGACCCCUCAGUUCAAUCUCCCCUCCCUAUCAGAAUUAUAAAAUUGCCUAGCUCAAAACAUUUUGUUGGACUGGAUGAUGUUUAUGGAUCUAUACAUGUGGGCCGAAAUCUUUUUACCGAUUGUCCUGGAUGCUGAAAGAUGGUUUUUCAGUCACCCUGCAGAAUUAUUUGUAAAAAGGAAGUCUGGAUACAUGUGUCUGUUGAUUUUUGUUUUCUUGUCUCUUCUACAUUUUGUACAUGUUAGUGGGCCUUGACGCCUCCACUUGUUUCUAUUAAAAAAAAGAGAACAUUUUAUAAGCCA